AUGAUCACAGAGGAUGGAGCGAAACAAUUGCAUGGUCAAACUUCAUGCUUGUUACUGCAACGUUGUUGUCACCACAUGGGUGGCGCGCUGAUCAAGAUCUUGGACGGUGUAACUUCUGCUGAAACUUGUCGUGAAAGGGCCCAUGCUGCCCAUUCUUGCUUUGACAACUGUGACCUAGCUUUGAACGUCACGGCCUCUUCCAGCGAAGAUGUCACAGCCUUUCAGACCGAAACAUUUUUUCAUGACAUUAUCAAAAGAUGGAGGAGCUGGUGCAUUUCAGGAUUGGUGCCAGUUCCAGACUGUUGCAAUGGAAUCGCCUGCGCUGUUCAAAAUGGAACAUGUAGAAACAGCUCUCUCUCUCUAUAUAUAUAUAUAAGUUUGGCGCUGUCACUUCCAAUUCGAAGGCACGCACAGCGAAGACUUUCCAAUUCUAAUUUGUACAUUUGUCUUCAAUUUGAGGAUUCCAUUCCUUUCAAGGUUUGCCAGCACGCUGAAGCAAUGUUGGUGAUUCCUGUGUGGAAAAAGGCAGCAGACCACAAGGAAACUACCGAAGGCCAAUCUGGGCUGACGAGAAGGACAAAGUGGGCCAGCAGGAGUAUAUACAUGUAUAUACAGUAUGUAGCCGAGAGUUUGUAUCCUGGAACAUGCGGCAAGACUUGAACAAAACCAGUUUUUCGGAGCUGGUGGACAUUGUGCGGAAUGUUGUUGGUGAUCCUCGUGCUUGUGUCAGGGGCUUUGAUAAGUCAUUGGCAAGAUCAAGCUUCAAAAUGCGUCCCUUCUAUUUGCAUUCUUCAGCAAUGGCAGCCUUAGAAUAGACUGACGCCAUGCGAGUUGAUCCAGGCACUCGUUGCCAUAUGAUGAUCCAAUCUCACAGGUGCAAAAGAAGGUCAGCGGGAAGUCCACGAAGAAAAUUUCAAAAGACCCCAGGAAAAAGCAAAGCUCAAAAGUGCAAAUAUGGUCGAAACAUGCAGAAGACAACCAGAGAGAAACAACUUGGAUGCUUAAGACUGAUGGUGCCAUCGCAGAUUCUGUCCACUGCCCGCAUUUUUUUCUCAUGCUCAGCGGCUCAGCAACCUGAACGAAUUAGAGGGAAGACCUAUUUUGCAAGUGAUCGUCGCCCUCAAAGGCAUUGACUGUCUAAGGCCCAUGUGAAUCAUAGCCUUGCGAGCCAGCUCGCCUUCGAGCUCCGUUGUGGUCAGAAGAUUACAGGAGAAUGUCACCAUUGCAUAGUUGCGUUCGUGCAAUGAAUAUUUUUCCGACAAACCACCCGUACUG